ACCACGUUUCCAAUAUAGAUGGCACCCUACAUACGCAACCAGCGCCCACAAGUGGACGAUAUGCACCCACCGUGCUACCAGCAGCACGAUCCUGCCACGCCGGGCUGCGAUGCAUGUCUCUCUCCAAAGCACAGUGUCUGCAGCCUGUGCGAGAGGAUAACGACUACGGCGUCUCGUCAGCAGUUUCACAGGCGUAGCUAGGCAGUAUUUGCACGACGGCGCCACGGUACCUUAUAUACAGACAACAGCCAGCUCUACGACUGCCCCUCUCUCAGUGUCAAGUCGAACUAGGGCAGCCGGUGGCACCCCGUCGGCGACUUACUGGCCGUGAGCAUGGCCGCCGGGGUAGCACAGGCGGGGGCUCAGUGGGGAUUUUCAGUGAACAACGCAUCCCUCACGCGCAUCUACCAGACAGCUUCUACCACCAUGCACCGCGCGCAUUGACUUGCAUGACACCCAACACAAUGCCCCAGGACGACCACAGCGAGUCUCAAUAUGCCCCGGCCCCCUUAGCCAUCGCGAGCGGUGCUGCUCACCACGCCCCGCCCGCGAGCACCCACGGCCACCAUGGCCUCGCAGACUCAAACACCUCGAACACUCUGCCGCCCGCCCUCACACCAGUGACGACCGACCGCCAGUCCGUCUCGCUGGGCGUGCUCUCGAGCUUCUGGGGCGACAACAGCGGCUCUAGUGCAACAGCAGACGGCAGUAGCACGCUCCGACAUCCUCACGAUUCAACUAUCACGACACCCAAUCCAGCCUCGACCGCCCCUCCACCCUCCCUCUCCGACCACUCGAACCCCCUCCACGUCUCCGCCGCCCUUCGCGCCCUCAGCACCGGCGCGUUCCGGGCCCGCGCACCCGCCAAAUCAACCUCAACCCGCACCUCGCUCUCCUCGCAGCCCGUCGUCGUCCGCACCUACUCUGGCUCCCGCCGCGGCGGCGGCUCAGGCGUCAAUUCGCCCCGCCUCCUCCCUGAAUCGCACACCAUGAACGGCAGGAGUCCGCUGGGCGCGGCUAACGUGGAUACACUGCCCCCCGUGGACGAGUUUUCGUUCGGGGGCAUACUACGCGCCGUGGACCCCGAGAUCCGCGACGCGAUCGACGCAAUUGCAGAGAUAUGUGCGCGGAGCAGGCUGAGUCUGGCAGACGAGUACGACGCCCAUCUACCGCCCACCGGGGAGAUCACGACGGGGACUGGUUUGGGCGUGGCGGUGGGGUUGGUGGGGCGACGACAGAAACACGAGCAUGGGAAUGCGUUUGGGCGGUUUGCGGGGUGGGGCGACAACACGUUGACGGCUGUACCCGAGGCGAGCAGUAGCAGCGAGCGGCUGGCGGGGGAGAGUCGGGCCAGCACCACGGCGGGGAGUGUGGGAAAGAAGUCUGCGUACGGGAGCUUGAAGAGCGUGAUAGGUGGGAGCAAGCGGAAGAGGGGGGAUGUGCCGGCCUUCCACGGCGACGAAAACGCGUCUAGGAAGGGAGAUACCGCUGCGGUGGAGCCGUCGUCGUCAUCGACGGCGAAGACGCCAGGGUCGCAGUGGGCUGUUAACACGGACGCGACGCCGCAUCCCUCCAUCACGCUUGUCACCACACCGACCGCGUCGAAGCAGCUGUCUUUUGACUUCCCUGCUUCGCUCGAGGAGCCGGGAAAGGCGUACUCCAACUCCAACUCUGUCCUCCAUGACCCUGCCAUGGCGUUCAAACCUAUCUUCACGCCGACGCCUGCCCACAGACGACACACCUCUCUCACAUCCUUCCCCCACCCGGCCAGGAACCGCUCUACGACUCUCUCAUCUCUCGCCUCCUGGAUCCCCUGGAAUCGCACUGUUGCAGAACGGCCCAGCACCUCUUCCUCCGCAACCCUCGACGCCGCGACGAAAGCAGAGUUGACGCUGAAAGACCUACUACGAGCUUCUUCGGGGAUAGAAGGCAGACCAAAAGGAAAAGGCCGGGAGAUCAUUGCGGCCGCAUGAUCCACUACUUCAGCAGGAGGCGUUCCGAUAUAUCACGAUUAGCGAUUUUCUUUCGUGUAUUGCACAGGAAAAACGGCUGAGGCGCGUAUAAAUCGACAGUUUCAAGAGCCUAUGUCUCUAAACCGGGAAGGAUAUCUUAAGGAAUGGGUAAUGACACAACACGGCGGCGAUGGGACCUGGCAUCAAAUAACGGCCGAUAACGACAUCACGAGUACAAAAUGUAUCGAGGUAAGCUAUAUUAUGUUUGCGAUAAUCAAAUAGGCCUGCGAGCUGGGCUCGAAGUGGCUUCUAACGCG